UUGACAUUAGAACUUGAGCACCUGUUGGAUUGCGCCAUUUCUUGAUUUCCUCCUUCAAACACAACGGUCGUGCCGUCGGUGUCCUGAAAAUGUCUUCGGAGAAACUUGUCAUGGACCAAGGUUUUGCCCCUGCCCUGGCUGGUCUGGGCCUGACCCGGCCGUACAAGAGGCAGGGAGGGCGGCGGACGGGCCUGGUGCUCCUGGCGGGAGGCUGUCUGGGCGGGGUGCUGGUAUGCGCCGUCCUCAUGCCGCUGGUCUACGUCACCAUUUCUGACAUGCAGCUGGAGAUGAGCGAACUGAAGAACCUGAUGCAGACCUCUCGCACUGCAACAACAGCCUCACCUGGUACAGAGGACCGAGAGAAUGGCACUGCUGCGGGCGGGGCGCACAGGGAGCGGAGACAGGUCGACCUGACGCCGGAAUUCGGAGACGUGUACGUGCGGUGGGGGAGGGAGCAAUGUGGUGAAAACGCCGAGACCAUCUACGCCGGUGUUGUGGGGGGUGGGCAUUACAGCCACCACGGAGGAGGAAAUGACCACCAAUGCCUACCCAUGGAAGAUGUGGAGUGGAACAAACCUACAGGUGGUCAUCAGCACAACAGCUACAUGUACGGGACAGAGUACGAGGUCAAUAGUGAUGGCUACUUCACCACAGACAACAUGAACUCCAUCACCAACCCCUAUAACUACAACGUCCCCUGCUCGGUGUGUCACGUGGCCGGUCGGUCCUCACACGUCAUGAUCCCCGCCCGCCUGUCCUGUCCCCAGGGGUGGAGUAUGGAGUACAGCGGGUACCUGAUGUCAUCUUAUUACAGCCACCAGAGCAACAAGAACUUCAUCUGUGUGGACGGAGCUCCCAAUCUCGUGCCAGGAUCAUCUACUGACCAAAAUGAAGGCCGGCUGUACCUGGUGGAGGUGGUGUGUGGCUCUCUUCCCUGUGGGCCCUACAUCAGUGGCUAUGAGCUGACCUGUGUGGUCUGCACCAAGUGAAUCCGUAUUCAACUGGCGGCAUGAUCCGCACAUUUGGAGUCAUUAUUGUCUUGCGUUUUAAGAGCGUGUUUGUGUGUUUUGUUUCGUUUGUGCGUAUUUGAGUAAUACAUGGCUUCGCUAAAGAUGGGAGGGCUAAUUAGUAAAGAUAUCAGUCCUCACACACUGACAGGUUAGUCUCUACCAAACUGGCUGAGUAGGAGACUU